AUGAACUUAGCACUACAGGACCCGUUUGCUGUAGCAAAAGAGUACCCUGAUACGCUAAUUACCACACUACUGUAUGGGGCUAGUGUUGUGAUAGAAUUCAAUCAUAGAGGAGACUAUCUUGCCAGUGGGUUGACAGAUGGAACUAUAGUCAUCUAUGAUCUCACAGCCAAUGGAGCCAUUGUGGCCAAGCUUUCUAGACACGGGCAUACACGACCGGUCACACUGUUGGGGUGGUCUAAAUGUGGGAGAUACUUGAUUUCUAGUAGUCAAGAUUGGAGUUGUAAGCUAUGGGAUUUGUCGUUAUGUAAUCAGCCUGGAUCCAAUAAGAGUGCAGUUAUUAGAGAGGUUACAUUUGAUGGGCCGAUUUGGCAAUGCUAUAUGAAUCCAUUGAACCCUUUCCAGUUUGCUGUUAGUUUACUUGAAAACCAACCGUACUAUGUUGAUGCUACUGAAGAAGGGAUCAAAAUCACCCAGUUGGCCACCGAGCCUAAGCUUGAUGCCAAUGAUGAACUUGGGGGCGGUGGGGGCGCCAAUAAAGCAAAAAUUGAAAAGCAUUCCACACUAGUGCUAACGUUCACUCCCGAUGGGAAGUACAUAUUCACUGGGACCAACAAAGGAUGGAUAAACAUUGUGGAUAGUCACACACUUACAACUGUUCAUUCGAUUAAGCUUGUUAAUGCCAACAUCAAGAACUUGGUGAUUUCAUCGAAUAAUCGCAAGCUCGUGGUCAAUUCCUCAGAUAGAAUCGUUCGUCAAAUCAAUCUACCAGACAUGUAUAACGUUACCAAUGCUGAUCUCUGGGAGUUUGAAGUUGAACAUCGAUAUCAAGACUUGGUCAAUCGGUUACAAUGGAAUUCUGUUGCCUUCAACAACAAUGCCGAGUUCCUAGUGGCCUCGACGUAUGGACAAUCAUCUAAUGACUUAUAUAUCUGGGAAACCAGUAUGGGAUCAUUGGUUAAGAUUCUUGAGGGAGCCGUGGAGGAGCUAAUCGAUGUGAAAUGGAACUUCCCUCGAUGUAUGAUUGGAUCUACAGGGUUGGAUUCCGGUAACAUAUAUCUUUGGUCCGUUCAAUUCCCUCAGAAAUGGAGUGCGCUAGCUCCGGACUUUGUGGAGAUUGAAGAGAAUAUUGAUUACGAGGAGGGGGAAGAUGAGUUUGAUCUUGUCAACGAACAAGAUUUGAACAAGAAAAGAAUGGAGGCUGAAGACAUCAAUUUGGUUGAUGUUACGAGUCGAGAAGAUGUUGAUGCUCGGGGGUUUGAGCUAUGGGAGGACUCAUUUGUGAUAAGACCCAAUUAUUAUGAUGGAGUCGUAGAGUCGUGA